AUGACCUUUUUCGUCGGGUUUGGCGGCGUCGAGGUGUUCGUGCGGGUGUUGUGCGAGCCCCCCCGCCUCUUUGAGCGGCAUAACCAUUACUACUACCCCCGCAGUGAUCUUGUGCAGAUUCUGAUGAUGGUGAUGAAAAUCCUGACGGAGGUCUUGCUCAACCAUACCGAGCUUAGCUGGGUUUUGUACGAUCGCUUUCCCGGUGUUUUCUUCCGCUUGUUGGAGCUGAUUGGCGUCCCCUCCCUCCGUCAGGCGGCCACACCGCUCUUGGAGCAUCUGAUUUCUAAUCUCGGCCCGAUCUUUGAGAUCGCGCGGACACCGCUUUUGAUCAAACUGCUUCACGCGAAGGAUGAAGGGGUGCUGGCGAGUGUGUACCGUGUGGUGGCCUUGUUGGUGGUUCCUUUUCUGGCCUUAAGUCAUUCCCCCCUCCCCUCUCGCCAUCUUCUUCACCCGGAGUCGAUGCUCCUGCUUAAACGCGUGCAAAGGGUGAUUGACAGCAAUGUACUUUGGCUGCUCGCGCAGCCAAAUUUGAUGGAUCGCCUGAUUAAACUUUGCGAGAUUCGCGUGAGUGGGAUUCGGAUGUUGAAUGGACAUUAUAUCACGCUGGUGACCCCGUACGCCGCGAAUAUGAUGCGAAAUUACCUCAACCAGGCCAAUCCCCUCCUGAACGCCUCGGAAAGUAUGCUUAUUAGCAGUAUUGAAGGGGGUUAUUUUCAGGAGGAGGAGGGAGAGAUGGGAGGGGAGGGAGGCUUUGACGGGGUGAUGGGGUCGUUCUGGCAUACGUUGGGGACAUUACCAAGCCUGGAGCCCCUCGUUCCGGGGUUUUUUAACCUGAUGGCAAACACCAACGACGUGACCGACAUUUUUGAGAAUGUCAAUAAUGUUAUCUCUGGGGGAAUGCUAGGGUUUUUCGAUCAAUCCGUCGAGGAAACGAUCCAAACAUCGAAUCCAAUCCCAGAGGAUGCUUUUCGUGUGGAUUUUAGCUGGUUUUUAGGGGUUAGUGAUGCCCGUCAGCGCUGGCGUUUGCAGGACCUCACGUUGACGAUGGCGGAGGACGAUACGCGGCCACAGCUUUAUUACGGCUACGGUGAUAGCGAAACCGUUCAGCGAUUUUAUUUGAACAAUCAGGCGGUGAUUAAUUGGAUCGCCGCCAAGCCUUCGCUAACACGUGAGGUGAAUGAAUACUUAAGACUAAUGACUUUGCGUAGUGUGGUGGAAUCGCAGAGCGAGAUUCUAUUUGUUCUGAAUGUCAUGCUUUCGACGUUUUCCUUUAGUGAUGCGUGGACGAAAAUAAAAGAUUGCCGUUGGAUCCCCCGUGCGGAUCGGAUAUACGACACCGCGUUUUUUUUAAACGAGGAAUUAGCCCCUUUAGUGGAACUUCCCCAACACGUAGAAUUGCCCGAUUGGCUGCGUAAAUUACCUCGUUUUCAGCCCUCCCCCCCUCCCUUUUCGGACGAGUCCGCUAAGGAGGGGGAGGAAUCUGAAAAAGACCCAAAUCGAAAGAAAAAGGAGAACUUCAGGGCGUUGAGUUCUUUGAAUACCUCCGAUUUGUACCCCGCUCAUUGGAAGCUUCGACCUUUUCACGCGUUCUUCAACUCAGAACGGGAGGCUUACGCGAAGGAUUUCAGCGCGAGCAUGCUCCACGACCAGGAUGACUUCUGUGAGGAUAAACAUCACUACCAGCAUGGGGCCGAUACGAUACGAAAGCUAGAGCUUAUUCACUGCAUUCACGAGUUUUGGAAUAUGCAGGAUCGGCAGGAAUGCACGCUUUUGCAUAGCGAGGACAUCCCCCAAUAUGCGAAAUCCAUUGCGGCGAAGAUGGCUCGUAGUCUGGCUUCUGGUAAGGAGGAAAGCUGCGUGGAGGCGGCGCUUUCUCACACGUUGGAAGGCUAUUUACGGUGCUUUUCCUUUCCGUAUGGGAUCAACCGAAAUGCACUGAAUUCCCCCCAAACCCUUCUCGGUGCGAUCCUUCUGCGUUCAAUUUUAGAGCAUCGGAUCUACAACACCACCCGCCUUCCAGGUUAUAUGGGUUCUUUAAAACCGCUUAAGCGAUUCGAGGCGAUUUUUUCGUUAACCGCGGAACUCGUGCGGUACCAUUUUAGAAAUCUUCGUUUGUUAGUGGCGUACGUGUCUGGGGAAAACUCACUGAUUCAUCUGAACGAUCCGAAAAUGACUCGCAGGUCCCCGCACAUCAUCUUCCACUUUGUGAAUACUACUAACAACAAUGACAAUAAUGACGGCGAGGAUGGAAACCACGAUGCUCGUUAUUAUAAACCGUAUGUUGAGUUUCUCGAAAGUCCGCCUUUAGAGCGAUGUGAGUUUGAGCCCUUUGGUUGCAUUCUUCUCAGUCGUUUAUUUCGUUUUGGCUGUGAGGCCAAUCUAUUCAUUCGUGCGAUCAUGCUUUCCAUCACACCCGGCUUACGCUCCUCGCAAAACUACAUCGCGAAGGCUUUUCCUAAUAUUGAGGAUACACAGCCCACGGUGUUGCCGGUUCGAGCUUAUAACCAUGUGGGCGAUCCUUUUACGGCCUAUCCGAUGCGCCUGGCGUAUAUUCGACAAGUUUCUCGAAAGUAUGUCCUUUCGAUUAAUAAAGUCUUAUCUAAAACUAGAGCGAUUCAGUCUUUAUCUUCUACGUUAAAAGGGAAGGAAAAUCUACAAGGCGAUGGAAGCGAUUUGACAUCAAUUCCGAAUUUACUGAUUUCUCUGCUUGACGAGCUCUUGAACGCGCCGCAUCGUUUGGCGUUAAAAGAACGCCCCUUUCCAAAUUUGUUCAGUGAAGAUGAUCGUCGUUUUCUCCGCGGCGAAAAUAUUGAUAACAAUAAUUCACCUAACGUGGAAGGGAAUAGCGAAAAUCAUAUUAUUUUCGGUCCGCCGCCGCACUGGAGGCUGCCGUUAUUCUCGGAGGAUGAUUUUUCUGACGCGAGGGACUUGCGUGAACUCAAUCCAUUGGAUGCUUGUCUAUUUGCUCAACCUUAUAAGCUUCUUUUUAGUAUUCUCUCCCCUCUUAACGCGGAGUUAAUGAUGAGUACGACCCGAUUAUGCGCGAUUACCACUGUUCUUCUUCUUUUUCUUCGUGAGGCCCACCUCCAAUGUCGGAUUUCCGCCAUUGAUGAUAUUCUACAUCGUCUACGGCCUCUGGCCGAGCGUCGAUAUCGUAAAUGGCAGCGAAAAUCCCGACGGGAAAAGGCUCGACACGAUCAAUCGCCAAAAGAUUCGUUGAAAAAUGUUCAAAAGGCCCAUUCGCUUUGCACGGAAUGUGAAAGCACACGCUCCAUGGGAGGAGGGGGCCGAUGCUCCACAUUUUUAGCCUUUGGUGAGUGUUUUCCCCUGAACGAGGCGCGGCUUUAUUAUUUAUGCUGUGGAGGAUGCUUUUAUCGUAAUUUCUUCCGGCUGCUUUGCGUGUGGACAGGGCACUACGCGACCUGCCAGAACUACCUCGAGACCUUAUAUUUUUCCACAGAGGUGGCGUUUGCGGAGUAUAAGACGGUUCUUCUUUACCUAUUGAGGGUGUUGCCGAACUAUUUCUUCCCGUCGAUGAAUUAG